UGACCAUAGCGUGGAUGUGCAGUGGGAGGUCCGACAUGGCUGCUAAGGCCUUGAAGCUGACAGCUAUCCCCGCUGCCCUGGGACUUGCGUCAUGGAGGGUGCAUGCACUAAAUGAAGACAAAACACAUCAUCUGAUUGCUGCUAAAGAGCUGUCCAUCUAUGGGUCAGAGAGCCAGCAAUACCAAUUUGUGGAGGAGGAGCCUGGGCUGCUGCAGAAGGGGGUGGGCGCAGUGCGUGUUGGCCUGACACCAUAUGUCAGGGCUGUAAAGGGAGCCUGCAUGUCAAUAAAAAUAGGAGCUGUAAACCUGUAUUAUGCUGGAGAAGAUAUUUACCACUACCUUAAAGAUCCACCUCCAGGAUUUUUGCCUAGAAUUAGUUUGAUCACUGUUUCUGGACUAGCUGGGCUAGUUCUUGCAAGAGAGGGUUCACGUAUGAAGAGGCUGGCAGCAUCGCUGGGCCUGGCCACUGUGGGCGCAGCUAUAUGCUACCCGGCUCCCACAAUCGGGGUGUUCAAACUGACUGGGAAGAAAGCAUACAUCAUGACACAGUGGAGCAUUGGCACUGUGGCCUCACUGUGGAGGCCAAGCCCUCUCAGAGACAUCCCAGGCCUGUCCACCAGCCCCAGGUCACGUUCCGAAUCUGAGGUGCCACCUGCAAAGAUCCCGCAUGACUCUGAAGCUAUUCCACCAACUGAGAAGUCAAACUCUGCCCCCCCAUCUGGAGAGGAGCCCUCACUUGACCCAUACACUGAAUUAGACUCUUCCUCAGUCACUGAAUUUGUUCCUGUGCUGGACAGUGCCUCCCCAGUGCUGCUUGAAGCUGAAGAGGAGCACAUUGCUGAACAGACAUCUGAGGUCAAUCUCAAGUCAGUUGUUGGCGAGCAGCGAGCUUCAGAAGAGCCUCCUUCUCCAGAGGCAAUACUUUCUAAACGCAGCACUGAUGUGGACACCUCUGCAGAAAAAUCUCAGCUGAUGAUUGACCCCAGGCUGAUGGAUCAUGGCCAGUCGAAUCCAGAGGAUGCUGACCUGUACAGCACUCGAAGCUGAGAGACGAGAAGAUGAGACAGAAUGAGGGUGGGAGAGGCAGAGAGGGAGGGACUGCAUGGUUAAGGUGUACUAUAGGAGACAGAUCUAGAAUUCUGGCUGUACAGCAGGGAUCUCUCCUGUCUGCUCAGGCUCUCAUGAACUGUAGACAUGUUAAUACUGAUUUUACAUUGUCAGAGGCACUGUAAGAGAAAAGUGUUUGUUAGUUCAUGUACAUGUUGACAGCACUAUAGCCAAACUGCCAAAAUAUAUAUUUACAGCAAAUGCAGAGACUGGCCUGUCACCUGGACAGAUGGCUUUCUUUUCGCUCUGAUCUUGGACAGCUGUUCUUCUGCUAAUUCAGUUUCUGUGAGAUUAUUUAUUUUGAUUGAUGGCUUUUGUGAUCUAUGCAAUGUAUUUCUCUUGUAAAUAACCCAAAGGUCCUGGGUCCCUUCUAGAGAAAUCCUUCAAGAGAAAAUAACUGUCAUGCUGUUUGUCCGUUUGGAGUUACGGGCAUUUUUUGUGCUGGAUUUGUGGUAAGGAGAAAUCUGUCUGCUAAAAGUAUACAUAAGCUGGCAACUCAUUGAUGUCCUCCAAAUCAUCACAUGAUGUCAUAAGCAACUAAAGUGAUACAUACUGCAGUUGUAGAUGAGUACUUGUUCUAAUUUUAUGUCAUUGUCUUUAAAUGUACCACAAUGCAGCCUAUGCAGGUCCUUUUUAUCGUCUAGUUCCCCACGUAAUGCAUUUCAUGCACAAAUCACAUUGAAUUUAUCAUGAAAUUGUGUCAAUUGUGUGUUCAAAUGGAUUAUAAGAAGUAUAUAGAGAAGCAAUGUUCUGCCGGACAAAAAUCUCAGAUUUUUUGAAAAGCUCAAUAUGAAAGAAUCAAACCAAGAUUGGUGAAUUUCUGAAUAAAGUUCUUGCAGUGCUAUAA